AAGAAUUGAUAGAAAAAAGAUAAAAAAAGUUUAUAUUUAUUUAUUAAUAUGAGUUACUUUCCUAAACCAUUUAAUAGUAAAGAUUAUAAACCACCAGAUCAAUUCACUGAACUAGCAAAAUCUAAAGAAGAGAAGAAUUAUACAGAAGAUGACGUAAACUUUAAAAGAUAUAUAUCAAAUUUAAAGUUAGGAAAUACUUGGGAUUUAAUAGCUGCAAAAUAUGGCAAUAUUGACGCAGAGGUGGACGACGAAGUUGAUAUCUUAACUGGUGAGAUUAUUUCAGAUAGAGGUCACUUGAGGAAUUUAGAAAGGAUUACUUUCGGUGGUAGAUCUAAAACUGAUGGUGAUGAUGAUCAAGACAACUCAGACGACAAUAGUGAACAUGAGAGAGAAUUACUUGAACAACACCAACAAUUAAUGCAGAAACAACGUAUGAUUAAAGAUAAAGAAGAUUUAGAAGCAUUCCUUAUCGCUGAUAAAGAUUUACAUGCUGAUCAUGAGGAUUUAUACAAAGAUACCCGAAAACACUACUAUGAAAUGUCGAAUAGAGUUGAACUAUCAGACGAUAACGAUUGGCAGGAUGAUUCGGCUAGUCGUAGUGAUGAUCAAAGUGAUGAUUCGGUUGAGAUACUCGAAAAGCGUACUUCAUAUGCUCCCAAAUCGAGUAAUUUCAAAUCACUUUCAAAAUCCAGACCAAGAUCUAGUGUUGAGUACAGCAAAGCUAGGAGGAGAUCAUCACUUGGCGUUCCGAAUGUCGCAAAUAUAUCUUCAGAUGAUGCAGAAGUCCUCUCAAACUCUUAUAAUGAUAGCAGUGACUCUGAAGAACUCAGUAGAGUACUUGCGAAGCGUUAUGAAGAUGAAAGCGAGAAUGAGAAUAGCUUUGAUAAAUUUUGGACAGAGAAAGAGAAGAAAUAUAGUGAGUAUGAGACAAAGGACUACAAAAGGGACAGAUACGCACGUGAUAAGCGUAGAUAUACACCAACAAGUUCGAGUUCGAGCUCAAGCUCAAGCUCCAAUGGUAGCCCUACUAUUGAUAGAAGCAUCAAUAAGUCAUUCGUUUCAGACAUCAGUAAAGAUGUAGUUGAAUUGGGUGAGAGCAGUGACAGCAGCCUUGACAGUUACACCAGGGGUCGCAGAAGCUACCUCAAAAGCGACAGUGAGAGUGAAAGUGAGAAAGAGAAUGAAGCGACAAAGAAAGCUGCUGUGAGAUUCCGUUUGAAGGAGCAAAACAAAAGGAUAAUGGAGUAUCAACAGAAGGAGAUACUAAACUCAGCGAAGAAAACAACACAGUUUUCGUUGUCUCAGUCACAAUAUAGUUCGCCUACGACUUCACCUAAGCGAAAAAGCGCGCCAUCACCUACUCGGAUUCAACCAGCUGUUUAUACUCCGUCCGGGAAGCUUCGUAGACCACCUUCAGAGGCAAUGAGAACACAGAGCGAAUACAGACCAAAGAGACCAACGACGAAGAUAGGGUCUACUACUGACAAGUCAGGAUUAACGCCAAUGAUGAAGAACAUAAUGAUUAGUCGUGAUAGAUUUCCAUCGCCGCCGAAAAGCAGUCGUAAGAGACUGUUUGAUUAGGAUACCAAUACCCAAAAGACGUUUUUAUUGACAUAUAUAUGUGUGUAUAUACAAAUUAAGU